AUGGGUCUGCUCCUUCCCUUGGCGCUCUGCGCCCUGGCCGCAUGCUACAGGGCUGCAUCUCUACCCCGGCAGGCCCACAACCCCUCGCCUCUCCUCUCCCGUGGCUGCAAUGACUCAGAUGUGCUGAAAUUCUCGGACUUCGCCCUGCAGGACAUCAACAAGGACCGGAGAAAAGGCUUUGUGCUGAGUCUCAACCGAGUGAAUGAUGUCUACCAACACAAACAGAGUGGUCAUGGUUCAGUGUUCUAUCUCACUCUGGAUGUGUUAGAGACUGACUGCCAUGUGCUCAGCAAGAAGGCAUGGAAGGACUGUGGUGAGAGGACGCUGCAUGAAUCAGUUUAUGGUCAAUGCAAAGCAAUAUAUUACACUAACUUGGUAGAAAGAAUUUUCUAUACAGCUGCUUAUAACUGUACUCUUCGCCCAGUUUCUCGAAGAGCGAUUUCCAAUAUGUGCCCCGACUGCCCAGGCCCUGUUGACUUGUCAUAUUCCAGUGUUUUGGAAGCUGCCCUUGAGUCUCUUGCACAAUACAACAACAAGAGCACCUCGAAGCAGUAUUCUCUUGUCAGAGUCAUCAAGGCUUCUAGCCAGUGGGUGUUUGGCCCUGCCUACUUUGUGCAAUAUUUAAUCACAGAGUCACCAUGUACCAAAUCCCAGGCUGAGUCUGCUGCCAGCAAAUGUCCACUUCAGCUCCCUGACUCUGAUCCUGUUGGUCAUUGUGAAGGCUCUCUGAGCAGAAACAUAAAAAAGUUUGUCUCAGUGUCCUGCAAAAUCUUUGAACCACAGGAUCCCACCCCCAGAGGUGAAAACUCUGCUGCCGACCAGAGAUCUGUGAACCUCCCCGAGGUGAUAGAGCCCCAGAAGAAAAACACAGCUCCCACCAACUCACCCUCCAAAGCUGUGUCUAAAGGAUCUGUCCAAUACCUCCCUGAGUUGGUUGAUGAGAAGCCCAAAGAGUCCCAGGAAGCGGGCCCCGCUUUCCCUGUCCAGCUGGAUCUAACCACGAAUCCCCAGGGAGAAACCCUGGAUCUCUCCUUCCUCAUCGCGUGGCCUGUGGAAAAGAAGCUGGUUGUCCUGCCUUUCCCCAAAAAAGAACAACGCUCUGCUGAGUGCCCAGGACCAGCCCAAGUGGACAACCCUUUGGUUCUCCCACCAUGA